AUGCAACGUCACACUGCUGAUAUCUUCAAUGUGGCUAUAGCUCAGGUGGCAGAGCAGUAUCAAUGUCGUGGUUCUGAGAUUAUUAAUGGGAAAGAAGUCAAGCCACACUCACUGCCUUACAUGGCUUAUGCCACAUCUUUCGGAGGCCGCCAGAAGGAAGCUGACAGGGAGGUCGAGGCACAGUGUGCCGGGAGUGCGGUAUUCUCGCCGUCUCUUGUGGCCUCGACCUCCCAGUCAGCUAUCGAGCGCAGCGGGAGUUACUGGGUGAUGCUGGGAGCCCACUCCAGAACGAAAAACGAACAUUCCAAGCAACUCCGAGUCGUCGAGAAAAGUUUUCCUCAUCCUGGCUACUGUUGUGCAAAGCACGACAAUGACCUCAUGUUGCUGAAGGUAAGAGAGAUUCAUCACCAAUAUCUGAGAUUCUUUUUAACUUUUUUUCAGCUUAAAGAACCGGUGUUGAAAACCAGGGAAGUGCAGUGGCUCGAGGUUGGCAACACUGUGAGAGACCCGGCAGCUGGCAGCACGUGUCUGGUGGCCGGAUGGGGAGAAACUGAAACAAAACAACCAUCAGAUGUCCUCAAGUCUGUCAAUGUGACCGUGGUGGACAGACAGACGUGCAACUCUCGUGAUUAUUACAACCACGACCCUGUUAUCACUGAUGACAUGAUAUGUGCUGGUUCAGAUGGUACAAACGUCGCUGAUACCUGUCAGGGGGAUUCAGGGGGCCCGCUGUUGUGCGAUGGAGCGCUGGUUGGAGUCACUUCUUUUGGAGAGGAUUGUGGUGUCAUUAAAAAACCUGGAGUCUACUCGUUUAUCUCAGGGAGACAGCUGUCCUGGAUCAAAACCACGAUGAAGUUAUUCUAAAUGUG